UUAUCUCGAAAGAAAAUGUUAAUGUUUGACCCCGUCCCUAUCAAACAAGAAGCAAUGGAGCCAAUUCCAGUGUCCUUCAACUCCACGUACAUGGACCACAUGAAGUCCAACAAGUACAGCGUCAUCUAUUCCACCCCAGACAUGAUGCCCAAUAAGUUCUACCAGAUUCCAGAGGGACUGUGCAAUGGGGUUCAGGUGGAGCCCGUGGACCUGACCAUGAAUAAGCGGAGUUCGCCGCCUUCAGCUGGACAUUCUCCUUCCUCUUUCAAAUUCCAGACUCUGCCCCAGAGAGCUUCCCCUGGGUUACUAAAUCUUCCAUCAUCCAGCCCUCCCGUGAAGAAACUGGGUCUGCCUGGAAUGCAGCCUUUCACGAUGCCCUUGACAAUUCCCCCAGUCAUGGCGGCGCUUUCCCGUCACGGAUUAAGGAGCCCUGGGAUACUUCCAGUUAUUCAGCCCCUUGUCGUUCAACCCGUCCCUUUCAUGUACGCCCCGCACCUUCAGCAGCCUAUCAUGGUGUCCACCGUUCUUUCCGAAGAGUUGGAAAACCCAAGCAGUGUCCCAG